GGUCGCCAUCCGCAAAGUCCGACGUGCAACGCCCCUUGUACAGUCGGCAGACAGGGCGCAUGUCCCAUGCAUCAGCCUGUUGAUCCUCGGUCUGUCAGGACACUGUGUUCGAUGACGAUGCAAAGGGCGCACAUGUGUUCCUCAUGUGGUUUUUACACGUCCAAUUUUGCACCGGCAGCUGCCUGUGCUGGCAGUGGGUCCUCCAUGGUUCUUUGUUAGCCGUGGGCAGUCUGUGCUUGUUAGUCCCGUUGCGGCAUGUUGUAGUAAGUAAGGUUUGUCGCUGCACGUUAGUACCAUGUCCGCUUCACUUGACCGCUCUCAAAUGGAUCCCUAUGGCCAGGGCCCAAACACAUGUCUUUUAGGGCCCACGGUGUGGAGGAGCAUCAUGGUCCGUCUCAUCCGGUGCUCCGCUGGUCACGACAGUUGCCGCACAGGGCAGCAGAGCCUGUAGCCCCAGAUGAGCUACAUUCGACUUUGAAACAACGCAUGUGGCGCAGCGAGGCUGUGGUGUCCAGGAUUACGCUGCGUAUCCCUAUCCUGGUGCCCAGGUGUCGGCGAGAACCCCGUCAUAGGGCAGGGCACGCCAAAUGAGUCCGUCGAGCCGCCAGUUUGAGACAAGCAGACAUUUGGACAGUGACAUGACGGGCUUGCUGAUCCAUCCAUUAACGGCGUUGGUAAAACAAGUGUCCCCUGGAGCUGGUGACCUUGUCGCUUAAAUCUCACGUGCCGGACAAAUCGAGCGGACGGCAUCCAGGCACUAUUCGCGCUGACAGCCGCCGGUAUCCCAGGACGAUAUGUCAUCUUAGCGGCUGCCAGCUCGUCCGAACGCGCGACCUGGGGUGCUUGCUGCUUCCCUAGAAUCCGAUUGGGUCCGCGCCCACCAACCCCCAUAAGAUCAGCAAGGGUGUGGCUGUCGACCACACUGCCCUUGAGGGGGCGUUUGUAUAAAACAUGGGCACCCUCAGAAUCCAACGCGUAAACGAAAGAAC